AUGUUUUCAUCUUUGCGCAAAUCUUUUGCCAUCGUAUUCUUGAUUGCUGUCUACACCUUGUACCUUACGUUGCAGGGAAUGCAAUCGGUUGAUCGCAAGGAAGAUGUUUUCUUGGAGAUGCCCCAUGACUGGAUCCCAUUGAAGAGCCCAACAGACUUGGCCUUCUACUUCCAGACCGACCGGGUCUCCCGGAGGAUGGAGUUCUCCAUUGCCAGCGUCCGGAGGUUCUUCCCGGAGGCGCCCUUCUACUUGCUGAGCGAUGGAGGGGACUUAUUCACCGACGUGGCGGCGAAGUGGAACGUCACGGCCGUCCACUCGGCAAUGCGGAUGCACCUGGCCCAGUAUGCCAACGAAAACUUCACCUGCCAGCGACACCUGCUUCGGCUGGCAGAGGCUGCACGCUGGGCGCAAGACAAGGGCGCCAGAUAUCUCAUGAUCUGGGAGGAGGACACUCGGAUGUUAAGACCUGUACGAGGUUUCCCAGAUGCUGAUGUCAUCACCAUGGGCAACAUCCAUAACGAUCACUGUGGCGUCUUCUCGCCCGAGAGCAUGCAGCGGCUCGAGCAGAAGAAGGAGAAAGAUCUUGCUCCGGGAGACCUACGACGAAUGAGGCAGCGAGAUCGCUACACCGCUCGACAGGGCUUCUCCGCUGGCCCUGGAAGCACCUGGAAGAUCCACUCCUUACUGUCAGCGCUGGGCACAUCGAAGUCCGAGGACCUGGAUGAGCUCUAUCAAGUUCAAGACCUUUGCUGGGAGGAUUUCGCUCUCAUGACCGACCAAGCCGUCCAGCGAAGUCCGGAAGUUCAACAGAUGCUUUCGCCCUAUGGCAGAGGAAACAUGUGGCCGCGCCCAGCCUCAACGCCUCGCCUGGCGCGCUCUUCAGGCGAUCUGGAUUCCCAGCGACCUGCAGAUCCCUUGCGGAACUUGCAGUGCCUGUGGUGUUUAGACUCCUGCAAAUCCUCUUGUGGCUGCACAGGGUUGCGCUGGGGAGUGGAGUGGCUGCAGUACUUGGCCGUUUGGCUCCUAUGGCCUCUAGCCCCGACCUUCUCCAUCAUCGAACGGGAGAAGAUCUUGUGGAGCAGAUGCCGUGGUCGGGUUUGGGCUGAUGAUGAUCUCCGGUUCUGCGCCAAGCUGCAAGCGUUAUCUAUGGCUAGGAGGCGCUGCGCGUUGAUGCGCUGGUGGCUCCCCACCGAGAUCGAGCUGCAUCACUAUCAGCAGCGGAGUGAGGAGGAGUUCGUGAAACGAAGGUCCUAUCAGAUGAAAGGCCUGGAGGCAGCCAAGCAGGACUUUUGGCGAAGGGAGGAAGAAGAACACUUGAACGACUGCGAAGGCGCCAGGCGGAUUUUACGUUUCUUGCCCCUGAUGGAUUCCUUGAAGACCCUGCCAUGGUCAGAGAGGCUUCAACGUUUCCAUGCAAUGGGUAGAGAUCAUCAAGGAACACCACGACCGCACUUCAUUACUGCGGUCUUGGAAGUGAAUCUCUUCAGCACCGUGGAAGAUGAGUACUUGUUGGAGUGGAUUGACUUCCAUACUGUUGCGGGCAUGGAUCAUUUUGUGAUUUAUGAUGCUCGAAACGUGAGCUCCACGGGAGAACUACUGAAAGAUUACGUGUCCAAUGGAGUGGUAGAGCUGUGGCCAUGUCGAAUCGAUGUGGAUGGCAACUGUGUGCCGGUGGACGAGCUGAUGACGUGGAAUUUGAAGGCGAAGGAUCUCAGAGGUGGAUCUGGCGGUGCCCAAGAAGAGGCCUUUCGAGCUGCAGCCGUGAAACGGAUCGUCCAGGAAGUUUCGACAUAUUGGAUCGCCCAGCUGGAUUUGGAUGAGUUCAUGUUCCCCCGCCAGGCCAGCUCCUUGCGGGAGCUCUUGGUGCCACACACCCACCAGGCGGGCUCAGUGGACAUGUUCUUCGUGUGGUACUUGAUCUUUGGCUCUUCGGGGUGGCAUGCUAAGCCUCCCAUGCGGCAGAUCGAGGCCUAUCGCAGAUGCGCGUCGGCCAGAAACUGGAAUGGCAAGAGCAUCGCCCAAGCUGAUAGUAUUGUGCUCAGUGGUCCUGGACGGUACUCUGGGUUUUCUCACAAGUUGAUUGAGGAGUCGACCGGAGCCAGGGUCUGCGAUGCUCAUUAUCUCAACUGGUGGGGCGAGGUGACAUGCCUUGAGAACCCAGUUCGGCUCUUUGACAUCGUCAGUGUAGUCCUAUGCCUUGGCAUAGCCUUGCUGCUUCUGUGGCCCCUGCUGGCUGCCGUUUGGAUGCUGCGGUGCUUUUCGCGCGAAGAGGGGCUCCAAGGCUUCAAGAAGCACUAG